AUAUAGGAGCGGUAUUUCACACAUAUUUAACCGGAGACGUUUUUCGCGGCUGUUAAAAAUGAGCCGUAAUUGUAUCAGGAUCCAUGUACUGUACUACUGCAGUAGUACUACUACUUCCUCUACUACGCAGUAUUUGCAUGUACUGCGCUGUCUGUGUCCUCAGUGAGUGUGGUUGCAGUUUAUCCGCGAAGUAGAGCUGAGCUGCGAGAUCCCGGUUAACCCCCAUGCCUCCCAAGAGAGAAGCAGCAGCGACUCCAACACUACCUGCAGCCAAGAUGAUAAAAAUCGGCACUGAUGCACAGGAGUUUGGCUGUGAUCCAAUGGAUGAUAAGUCCAGGCUGGCUGAAGACGCCAGCUACUCACCUUUCCCUAACAAUGAGGAAGCCAUUGACUUUGAUGAAGAAAAUAUUGCAAGCCCAGGCAUCAGGACAGACACCAUCAGCCUCCUCAUGAAAAUAGAGCAACUGCAGGCACAACUCAAAUACGAGCGCAGAUGUAGAAUUUUGGCUGAGAGAGAGCUGAGGGAACUGAAAGAGAUGAACACUCUUAUGAUGCAGAUGAGGCACACAGCACAUGAGCUGCGAGUCACUCUGGAUCACGUUCUCCAAGGAGGCGAUGCGGCAGCACCGCAGAACUCUCAGGACGAGACUGUUUCUUUCCUGUCUGAGCCCGAGGCGGAGAUGAGACAGGUUCAUAAUUUCCCAGAGGAUGAUCACACCUUCUUGUAUCUCUCCGAGAAUCUCCGAGUACCAAAAAAUCUUUACGAGCGCAUCGCAGAGAUCGCAGACUACAAGAAGUACACGUCAGCACUGCUGAUGAUCAUUUUUGACAGGCAAACGUUGGCCACACACUCUCUGCAGGGCCGGAGGAGCACCUUCACUGGAGAGGAAUGCCACAAGCCUCAACUCCCACCCGAUAUCUUGAGAAGUAUAAUCGAUCACGUGGCAGCCAAGUUCGGCAUCGAUAACAUCCAAAUAAAAACUGCAAUCCGCACAAAGUUGAAUAACGAGGACAAACUGUUAAAGAAGAGACUGGGUUUGUCUAAAGCUGAAAGCAAAGCUCUUAUUGAGCAGAGCUUUUGCCAAGAUGCUUCUCUCCUGCCUGAAAACGGAGCGAUGGGAAACGACUCUCAGUUAUAACCCCCUGAGCCUGCCUUCAUCUGCUGGUCACCAGUUUUUCCUCGUCUGAUAGAAAUGUGUGACAGGUUGCCUUUUUUUAAUCCACCUGUAGUUUAUUAUGUAAUAAAACCUAGUGCUUGAAUUAGUUAUUUUUUUAAACACUUUCUAGAAUUCCUUCUUUUUUACAGCUUUGUCUGUCGUGUGUCCGGAAAGUUUACCUGGUGACUGAACCAAUACGUCGAAUAGCACUAUAAAAUGUCCUGUGUGUAAUCAUCGGUGGUAAAACAAACAAGUGUUCUUAUUUAAUUUGAGGUAGAAAGUGGAUGUGUCUAAGUGAGUCUGUGAAGUCAGUUUCUGUCAAAUAUUUAUACUUUUUAAACAGCUGGCCUUUGUGUGUUUCAAAAGUAGGACGUUUGAAAAUGUUUCAAAUGAUAGAGGUGCCAUUUGUACCCUGUUGCUCAUGACAAAUUGUCCACUACAUCAAGUGAUACUGUGUUCUUAGAGUAGUUCUUUUGCAGCUGCAGAAUAUACUGUAAUUGAUAAUUAAUCUUAUUGCAUUAACAGCAUCAAUCAUUUGACUUCUCUGUUUGUUGUGCUUCACUGUGUACGGGCCAAUAAACGUUUAGAACUAA